GGAAGUGACGCUACUGUUAUGGUGACGCUGCGGCUAGGAUAGCGGGUUGUAACGGGGUGUGAGUUCCCUUUUAGUUUGGUUUUGCCGGCACAGAGAGAGAGCGCCAGCUCGCCCGCCCGGUAUAGCCGCGACAGACCGAAGGGAGUGAGGAGGAGGUGGUGGCAAGCGGGAAGAUGUCGGCCUCGGCCGUUUAUGUGCUGGACCUGAAGGGGAAGGUCCUGAUUUGUCGGAAUUAUCGGGGAGACGUGGAGAUGUCGGAAAUUGAACACUUCAUGUCUAUUCUGAUGGAGAAAGAGGAAGAGUGCUCCCUCACGCCAAUCCUAUCGCAUGGAGUGGUUCGAUUCAUGUGGAUCAAACAUAACAAUUUAUAUCUUGUUGCAACCUCCAAGAAGAAUGCGUGUGUCUCUCUGGUUUUUGCUUUUCUAUAUAAGGUGGUUCAGGUAUUUUCUGAGUAUUUUAAAGAGCUGGAAGAAGAAAGUAUUCGUGAUAACUUUGUUAUAAUCUAUGAGCUACUUGAUGAGUUAAUGGACUUUGGUUAUCCACAGACUACAGACAGCAAGAUUCUGCAGGAGUACAUCACGCAGGAAGGUCAUAAGCUGGACACUGGGGCUCCCCGCCCACCAGCAACAGUUACUAAUGCUGUAUCUUGGAGAUCAGAGGGCAUAAAGUAUCGGAAAAAUGAAGUUUUUCUCGAUGUUAUUGAAUCUGUCAACCUACUGGUUAGUGCUAAUGGAAAUGUGUUACGUAGUGAAAUAGUUGGCUCAAUCAAAAUGAGAGUAUUCCUAUCGGGCAUGCCAGAGUUAAGACUUGGACUUAAUGACAAAGUAUUGUUUGAAAACACAGGCCGAGGGAAAAGCAAAUCUGUGGAAUUGGAAGACGUGAAAUUUCACCAAUGUGUGCGCCUCUCUAGAUUUGAGAAUGACAGAACCAUUUCCUUCAUUCCUCCUGAUGGAGAGUUUGAGUUGAUGUCCUACCGUUUGAACACACAUGUCAAGCCUCUGAUCUGGAUCGAGUCAGUGAUUGAGAAGCACUCCCACAGUCGAAUAGAGUACAUGAUUAAGGCAAAGAGUCAGUUCAAACGUAGAUCGACGGCCAACAAUGUCGAGAUCCACAUUCCAGUCCCAAACGAUGCAGACUCGCCCAAGUUUAAGACCACAGUGGGUAAUGUGAAAUGGGUGCCAGAAAGCAGUGAAAUAGUAUGGUCAAUCAAAUCAUUCCCGGGUGGAAAGGAAUAUCUGAUGAGAGCACAUUUUGGACUCCCUAGUGUGGAAGCCGAAGACAAAGAGGGAAAGCCACCCAUCAGUGUGAAGUUUGAAAUUCCCUAUUUUACCACUUCAGGAAUACAGGUUCGUUACUUGAAGAUUAUUGAGAAAAGUGGCUACCAGGCUUUGCCAUGGGUUCGUUAUAUUACUCAGAAUGGAGACUACCAACUUCGAACACAGUGAAGGAAGAUUGCACUUGAAGAGUCAUUGGGAGGGAAGGAUCUAAAUUCAGUGGAUUGUGUACCAGUGUUAAGUGUAUUCAUCAUGUUUCAGGUCUCUGUCAUAGAACCAUCUUUCAUGAGGAAAAUUCAACAUUUCAACUGUGCUCAUCCAUGGAGCUGAAAGAAAAACAGGGCAGUUUUUUUUGUUUUCUCCCCCAUAUGUCCCUGUCAUCGCCAAAUCUUCCUCUUACUAUUUGUUCCUUUGGAUAGUUAUUCUUUCUUUGUUAUCUUGUUUCUUUCAACACUCAGGCAAGAUCAACUGCUGGACUGAACUUGGAAUGCUCCCAAAGGGUUUGAGUAUUGUUGCUGCUUGGCAGUUGUUUUUUGAUGCGAGUGGGAAUUCUUUUGAUUAAUAGUUGUACUUUGUCUUGUCUCAUUCUCCGAACAGUAUCAAAUUAAUGUGAAACUAACCAAUAAUCAUAACACACUCCUUGCAGAUUUCCAACACCAUCUCCCACCCCCACUUAAUUAAAGAAAUGCAUAUGGAAAACCACAAAGAAUACUUUGCUAUCCUCAGAAGUACAAUAUGCAUUCCGAGAUUUGUCUAAUUAUUUGUUUGCCUUUUUGAUGCAAAUGUAACAAAAUAUUCAGCAUGAAAUCGGGUGGUAGGUGCCAAUGCAACAUGUUGUUUGUUCCAGCCCAGGUGGUUUAUCAGAGGUUCUGCCAUUUCACAGUUCCCCACAUGUCACAGCCCAUUCAGACCAGCGGGUACAAGUUGGACCUCCUCUGCAAUCUGAUAUGUUUUCCUCCUGCAUUCUGCUCAAGCCAGAUUGCAUGGCACAGAUCAGAUCCAGUUUUGUGUUUUGAUGCUUUGCUCUUGUUGCCAGUUUGAACUAUAAAUGGGCUAAGUCUUUCCAGACUGGCAGUGCAUUCCUUUUCUUGAUGUAUGCUUCUUGCUGUCUUUCUGACCUUUGUCCUUGCCUCACCCCUUGGUGAUUUCUCAUCCACACUGCCCAUUGAAUCCACCAGUCGGCAUGAGUUUUUAGUCUGCUAUAUGAGCAUUGUGUCUGUUACUAUUCAUGUUGAUUUUAUUUUUAAAAGAGGAAAAUAUUGGAUUUUAAAGAAAAAAUGUCCAGCUGUUUAAAAAUACUGGUAAGUGCUGCUGCAUGGCAGUUCUGGUAAUCACGCUGAUACAGACUAGAGCGCUGAGCUCUGAUUGUGACCUGUUUUCUAUUACAAACCAGUCAUCGGGCUAAACCCAGAGUUGAUCUGACCCUCAAGCUGCAGGGAAUGUAGGGCUGGUUCAGAGCAGGUUGCUUCAAGAAAAUAUGCUCUUAAAUGUUAACUUUAUGCAGCUGUUAUUUUUGAAUGUUUGUACGUAAUGCUGUGUGAAAUUUCUGAAGAACAGUGUUAGAAUGAGUGCUGACGAACUGCAGAUCUAAUAUGGUUCUUGGUUGGCACAAAAUUAUUUAUUUCUGGGCCAGACUGAUUUAUUCAUUGCCAUUUUGACAGUGGAAAUUGUUCUGUUGCUGGGACCUGCUGCAACAUGCUGCAAGAAUCUAUAGUAAAAGUGUUCUGAAAACGUAUGUGAUGGAGUUAAACCAAGAGGGGACAACCACAUGUAUUGCCUACGCGAAAUGAUUCUAUGCCACAGGAACAGUCAGCUAUUAUGGGUCUAAUACCACUCUGCUAGGGUGUAUUGAUUUUAAGGCAUCAUGUAAAUGAAACAAAAUGGAUGAUCCUAGAUUUGUGCUGAGUUAUCUGAAUUUGACCAAGACAGCAAUAGUGAUGUUAUAACUGCUUAAAAAAAACUGUUAAAAUGCAGUCUGCUUAGGUUUGGGCUCACCUAUGAUUCCAUCUGUGAGUGAAUAUUCAAUCUCUUUCACACACUCACUCUCAUAGGCACAUACAAGCACUCUGCUACCAUUCUUGUGAGGUACGUACACCUUCUUUCAUAUGUUGGUGCAGUGGCAAUGUCCCUACCUCUGUGCCAGAAGACCGAUAUUCAUGUCCCAUCUGCUCCAGUGUUUCAGAACGCAUCUGAAUCGGUUGAUUUUAAAAAAAGUUGAUGCUAUCUGCCUGGAUACUCAUCACAUACAAUAGCCAGUGAUUAGUGAAAGCAAGUGAGGCAUUUCAUUAAGGUCCUUGUCCUGUUCUGUGUACAUUAUGGCCCUGAAAGUAGUCCGUCACUGAGCUACAUACACUGGUAUUGAUUUGUGCUAGAUCCCUCACUGCAGCCACAAACAAUAGAGCAUGUUCUGAACUGGAUCUUACAGCUCAUAUGGGAAAGUAAACCAGCAGCAUUUUAUCAUGUACAGUCAAGUAAGUAGCGAGUGUCUGCCAUAUCAGUUUUAUCUACAUGAGCUUCACAUGAUGUUCUCCAAACCACAUUUUCUUCAUCCUGCAAUAGUUCACUGUAAAAACAUUCGCCUGUGAAUUUACUGCACAGGUUCUUUUAUAGGACAUAGCCCAUAAAUGCCAUUAUGCCAGGGUUGCUGCCAAUUUCCAACAUCCGCAAAACCUUGGAGGCUCCAGGCCAAUGUCCCUGACCCCCUACUGAGAAACAUGAUCUGGGCAUAGACCCCCUUAUGUACUGAGUUAACUCAUCUCAGCCAAGACUGGAAUAUGGUUAGUAGAAUUGACCACAGUACAUCUGCCUUGAGAAAGAGAAAAAUCAGAUAGACUGAUCAUUCGAAAAUGGUCCUGCUGGAAGUGUGGGUGCUAUGAUAUUAUCACGUUCUCCAGAAGUCAUGUAUUGUUGGUUGCUGCUUUCAGAGCUGACCAUUCGGCUGCUGGUAUGAUUUACUGGAACACCCUCCAACUAGAGUCUUUAUUUAGCAACAGCAUCAGUGUUUUCAGGAGAAUUGGAGAAGGCAUGACUUCGUCUUUUAACUGAACGUGACAUUUUGCAGUUAUGUAAAGUACGGUAUUUGAAAUUAUUAGGGAGUGGAGCAGCAGCACAUUCAUCACCGUGGUGGGUAUGGCUUCAGGCCUCCCUUCCACCAUUGCCAAGUUACUAUUUGUAGUCUCUCUGAUCACUGGGCAAGCUCACCCUGAAGGGCAGCUUGGCUGUUUAAGUUACCACCCGGCAACUAUCAUUGGGAGUAUGUAGCAUGUCAAGGAUGAUGCAUCGUGUGGAAAGGACCAAUGAAAAGAAAUUAGUUGAAAAAAGAAAGCUGUAGUUAUCCUUUAGCGAAAUCUUCUGGUGUGAAGUGUGCCUUCAUACAAUCAAAGAAAAUAGUGGGGUUAGUUUUUUUUAAAUACAUUACUCUGAUGAUUUGAACUUAACCAUUGGCAAGGUACAGUGGGGCUUAUUAGUACUGCUGAAUGAUUUAACACAGCACAGAUUGUCCUCGGAAAAUGCCAGUUAUUUAUAAACAUAACUCUUUCUGGAAGACAGAGGAAUAUACUUUACAAUUUCCCAGUAUGUGAGCUCAUCAAUCUUCCCUCUUGGACCUUCAUAUUGCUUUGAGCAGCAAAGCAGUUUCUGAGGCAGCGGGAUCUGCUUCAGAGUUGGUUUGUGUUGAGGAAGAUUGCCUUUCCUCACUUCUGUUUUUUUUGUGUUUGAGUGUUUGUAGUGACCAUCUCACACUGUUGCUCACUGAUUGAGAAUUAUGCUUGUGCUGUAGCAAGUCUUUACUGAGUGAACUGAACAGCAGAGGACCUUGCUGUAAAGGGUGAUUUACGUGAGCAAGGGUAGCACUCUCCUUACAGAAGGCUUCCUAAAGUGGAAAUAUCUAAAAGUAGGUACGCACAGUGAAUUGUUCGUUAUGAGUAGUCUGCUUGAAGCAUUCGAAUAUUUCAAAUUAGCUUUUACACGAUCAUCCUGAUGUUUUUGAUUUUUUUUAAAGGAAAUGCAAUGACAAAACUCCUUUUGGAGUCCUAUAAUUUUAGUUCUCUGAAAUAUUUAUUAUUUAAAGAAUUCUUCAGAGGGCUGUGAAUUCCAAGGAAAGAUAAGUCCCAAACUGUGCUAACUUAAAACAUGCCAUGGCCUCAAACACAGGACUGUGCAGGCAGGGGAACGAUUAGCCAGCAUAACUGCUCAUGUUUUCUGUCUGCAAAGGUUCCUAGUGCAAUCUGUAUCAGUUGUAAUCUGCUGUCCCUCUGAGUAAACUGUGACAAUAGCCCUCCUAUGUGGUCGAAUAAACAAUCAGCAAUGAAUGCCAAGCCUUGUAUGCAAGCGUUAACUGCUUUAGUGUGGUCUGAGAGAGAAUCCAACACUCAGUUGCUUUUUUCUGACAAGGGGGGCAUAAAAGUCAGGGAGAAAUUGAGGUUAUUGUCCAUAGCAUCAAGUCAGGACCAGUACCUAACAUAUUGCAUAAGCUGAAUUUUGAUUUGUUUAGCUCAGUUUCAGGUUGCCAUCUCUGAAUUCUAACACGGUGAGAAGCAGGUGGAGGGGCAGGUGAAUUUUGCAGGUCUGAUCUCCAAAAUUAGACAUUGCAGUGUUAAGAUGCUCCAACUUUGGAUUCUGUUUUCUCUGGGGUAGCCAUGUGGUGUAGUGUUCAAUAUUGUCUCAAAGAACUGUGACAAAUAAUUUUGUGGAUUGAAGUGUCAGAAUGUGAAAAUGGUUGAAGAGACAAUGUCUCGUGAAUAUUUCCAAAACAUUACCUUGUGUGCCGGUUUCAUACAGCAAGACCAGAAGCUAUUUCUUGUGAGGCAUGCCUGACUUUUUGAACACACAACCUUAAGUAGAAAGCUAUUCAGGUCAUAAACACAUUUAAUUGAAGCAGUCUCAAUCCUUGACAUCCCAAGUUGGGUUGUGUGGGGAAAAUGAAACACACCGAUGCUGCAAAGAAUCAUUCCGGAAAUUGAGUUGAUUGUGCUCUCUGAGAAACAGCAGUGCAUCAUCCUGUUAAGUGUGUUCGGCUCUGCUCUGGGUGUGGUCUUACUUCAUAGUUCGCGAAGAAUUUGGCUGGCUCCAGAGGAGAUCUAAUCCUCAUUGUGUUCAUAAAGAAGUUCAGAUGCCCAUGUACACCAAUGGAUGUAGCUCGUUAGAUUUCUUAAAACUUCCUUUCUUUGCCUGUUUGUCAACUGAUGUUGAGUUCAUUUACCUUCCUUCUGUGAUAUCAAUUUAUUUCAUUCUUUGCAUCGUCAAUUAAAAAAGUCACAAACUCA